AUGACAUUCCGCUGUCAUUCGUCUUUUUGCACGCACACUUUCGGUGCGGUCUCCGCGGCAGUGGUUCGCUUUUCCACAUAUGCAGCAAGAGCUGUACGGCAUUGCAACAGAAAUUGCAGAUCUCUGAUAAAGUUCAGACCCUUCCUUUCGGGAGAUAAGUGCUGCUGAUACAUAAAUUGCUAUCACAAGGUGCUUCUUGCGAAUAGUUAAAGUGAGUGUUCUGACCAGUCAACAGCUGCAUCAGAAGCAGAAGCAAGGAUGGAGAACCUAACCAUACAGGAAAUAUACACUUCGGACGCCCGUGGAAGCGACGAGAUCGGCGAUGGCACCGCCGAGAAGCCCUUCAAGACGAUCCUACAGGCGAUGCGUCACGCCGGCAAGGAACCAUUCCCAACCAUCUACGUCGAUGCCAAGGACGAGAAGGCGGAAUCUCCGUUCGAGGUAGCGGCCAAGUCCCAGCUCAAAAAGAUCCAGAAGCUGUGGGUCCGCGAUAGCUUAAAGUCCAGCGAAAAGCAGAAGCGCGAAGCGGAGGACGCCAAGAAGCGUGAGCAAAACCUGGAGGAGGCGAGGAAGAUCGUCAUCAAGGAAGAUCCAUCGUGGACGCCGGCCAAAAGGAUCAAGAUCGUCAAGGGCAGCGAGAACCGCGACAUUCGAGUUAAGAUCAACGGUUGGGUGCAUCGGUUGAGAAGGCAAGGAAAGGGACUGAUGUUCAUUACGCUCCGUGAUGGAACCGGUUUCCUGCAGUGCGUUUUGAACGAUCUGAUGUGCCAAACCUACAACGCUUUGGUUCUAUCAACGGAGUCUGCCGUGCAGCUCUUCGGUACCCUGAAGGAAGUCCCGGAAGGCAAAAGUGCCCCUGGAGGACACGAGCUCCAUGUGGAUUACUGGGAGCUGAUUGGUCUGGCACCGGCUGGCGGCGCCGAUACGAUUUUGAACGAGGAUGCCCAUCCGGAUGUACAGCUGGACAACCGUCACAUUAUGAUUCGUGGUGAGAACACUUCCAAGAUUCUUAAAAUGCGUGAUGUGAUUAUGGACGCCUUCCGUGCGCAUUACCAUGAUCGUGGCUAUACGGAGGUCACUCCACCAACGCUGGUGCAAACUCAAGUCGAGGGAGGUUCCACACUCUUCAAGCUCAACUACUUUGGCGAGGAAGCCUACUUGACGCAAAGUUCCCAGCUGUACCUGGAAACAUGUCUGCCAGCGCUAGGUGAUGUCUACUGUAUUGCCCAAAGUUAUCGUGCCGAGCAGAGCCGCACUCGUCGUCACUUGGCCGAAUACAGCCACGUUGAAGCCGAGUGCCCAUUCAUCUCGUUCGAUGACUUGUUGGAUCGUUUGGAAGAUUUGGUGGUUGAUGUCGUAGAUCGGGUCCUUAAGUCGCCAUGGGGCCAUAUCGUUAAAGAACUCAACCCCGAUUUCGUUCCACCGAAGACACCAUUCCGUCGCAUGAACUAUGCCGAUGCGAUCGUCUGGCUGAAGGAGAACAACGUUACCAAGGAGGAUGGAACUUUCUACGAAUUCGGAGAAGAUAUCCCGGAAGGACCGGAGCGGAAAAUGACCGAUACUAUUAACGAACCGAUUAUGCUGUGCCGUUUCCCGGCCGAAAUCAAGUCCUUCUAUAUGGCUAAGUGCCCGGAGGACCGAAGGCUGACCGAGAGCGUUGACGUUCUGCUGCCGAAUGUCGGAGAAAUCGUCGGAGGAUCUAUGAGGUCCUGGGAUCACGAAGAACUGAUGGAGGGCUACAAGCGCGAAGGAAUUGACCCCAAGCCGUACUACUGGUAUAUUGAUCAGCGUGUCUACGGAUCGCAACCCCAUGGAGGAUAUGGAUUGGGCUUGGAGCGUUUCAUGUGCUGGUUGUUGAACAGAUACCACAUCCGCGAGGUAUGUCUUUAUCCCCGUUUCUUGGACAGAUGCAAACCCUAAACGAGUUUACGAACGAUGCAUUUCUGUGCCCGCAUUUAUAAUCUUUAUUCAAUUUAACGCUAUUAUCUUUUCGCGAUUAUAAAUGUGACUUGGAAUAAACAGGCUCUAAGUUUAACGCUUGCAA